AUGUUUAAAAAACCACCACAAGUGAAACCAGCAGCCAAUAUCAAAUCAUCUGACCGUAGAAAACUUCUAUCUGCAGUAUGCAAAACAUACAAUCUACCAAUAGAUGAGAUUGCCAAAGAAGGUUUAGACAAUCUAGUGCCACCAAUUAGCAAAAAGGCUAGUUUUACAUCACCAGUCGAUAAAAAGCUAUCAGGGACAAUAUACUUUGAUUCUAAUGAAAUCCCUACGUGGUUUCAAACUAGAGAUUCUCAAUUGUACCCUUCACUAUUCACCUGUUGGAAAUGCCCCUAUGUCUUACCCUUGAUUAAGACCCACGAACCCGUGAUUGGAAUCUUGGGCAAAGGGGCUGAUUUGAUGUUGCCGGGUACGAUCCCACCAUUUGAUGAACGAGCAGUGAAGCAUGCAGUGGUUGGUAUAGUUUCCAAAGAGAAACCAAAUGUGAUCAUGGCAGUUGGGGUUUGUCGUUUGAAUUUGACUCAAUUCGAUUAUGUUGUCGGUAGGUCUGGGAUGGCAGUGGAGAUAAUUCACCAUUUUGAGGAUGAGUUAAUGAAAUUGAAUAAAGAGAUUGAUGUAGAAAUACCGGAAGAGGUAAAUGCAGCUAUACCAAAGAUUGCAAAGGAAGACGAUGAGGUGAAGACUGAAGAGGGAAAAUUGGAAGAAGCUGACGAAGAUGUGAAGAAGGAAGGUCAACCCAAGAAAGAAGACCCUACUAAAGACAGCACUAGUGAACACACUCCGGUGGCUGUAUCUGGAGAAACAAAGACUGAAAUUGACGAUGUUGCCGAAGAAUUAGCACAGUUGACAACAGAAGAAGUGGACAAUUUCUUUAUUCGAGCAUUGCUUCAAACUAUCAAAUUGGAAACUAUUGAAUUACCAAUUAACUCGUCAACAUUCAUGUCUUCAUAUAUAUACAAGAAUUUACCAAUACUCGACUCAACUUAUGCCAAUAUUAAAAAGACGUCGUGGAAAAAGACAUCAAAAUUUCUAAAAGCAAUGGUAAAGUCGUCUUACUUAGAAGUGAAGGGAAAGGAUGAAGACUUGUCGGUAAUUAAAUUGAUGGCACGCAACAAUCCCACAAUUGAGAAUUUUGUUCCUCACAAGGUCAACAAGGUUAAGAAACCAACAUCAUCUGGAUCAAAUGGCUCAGAUGGUAAUACAUCGUCGUCAUCAAUGAUGAAAAUCACCACCUUGUACAAACCUACCAGUAAAUCCCGCAUGUUUUUUAACAAAUUGAAUGUGGAAUUUGACCACUUGUACACCAUGGCAGAAUUGCGUACCAUGUUUAAUGACUAUGUCAAAUUGGCCAAUUUGGCCAGCCCCACCAAUCCAAAACAUAUUGUUAUUGAUGAGAUAUUAUCAAAACCAACCAACAAGCUAGUGGAUUCUGAAUCACCCCGUGAUCAAAUAUUCACCACAUUUUUGUCCAACUUCACUCCUCAUUACUCCAUCACAUCUAAUCAACAUAGCUAUUUAUCAAAAGGAACACCACCAAAGAUCCAUAUUGUUACUGAAAUGAAAAUUGGUAGGAAAGUUAUUACUCGUGUGGGUAAUUAUGACAAAUUUUUUAUCAAACAAGGGGCAUUUGCCGAAGAAUUGCGCAAGUUAUGUUCGGGUUCAACUACUAUUGUUGAUGACGAGCAAGUACAAGUUCAAGGACCUCAUGGUAAAACAAUUAUCCAAUUAUUGAAAGAGAAGGGUGUUCCUUUAGGAUGUAUUGAAUUUGAAGAUAAAGUCAAGAAGAAGAAGAGAAAGUAG